GUUGGAGAAAGUAAUAAAUUCAUAAUACGAACAAAAACCAAAACCAAACAACACUUAAUGGUGUGUUCUUUUUUAUUAUUUUUAAAUCAUAUAUAUAAUUCCUAAGUAUACAAUCGACAGUAUCUCUCUGUGUGUUUCUCUCUGGUUGAAAAGUAUUCCUGGUUUGGAGUUGCAAAGCUAUGGCGGAAUCGGUUGAGCUACCUAGUCGAUUAGCGAUCCUUCCUUUUAGAAACAAAGUGCUUUUACCUGGCGCUAUCAUUCGAAUUCGUUGCACUUCCCCUAGCAGUGUGAAAUUGGUGGAGCAAGAGCUAUGGCAGAGAGAGGAGAAGGGUUUGAUAGGCAUUUUGCCUGUUCGUGAUGCAGCGGCAGAGGAGACUACUGCUUCAGUGGGUCCCACGUUAUCUCAAGGUGUUGGGAGUGAUUCUGGGGAGAGAAGCUCCAAAAUUCAAGUUGGUAACGCUGAAAAUCUCAAACUUGAUGGCAAAAAUCAGCAGGAAGUUAUUCGCUGGCAUAACAGGGGAGUGGCGGCUCGGGCGUUACAUCUGUCCAGAGGUGUGGAGAAACCUAGUGGGAGAGUGACAUAUAUAGUUGUUCUUGAAGGUUUGUGCAGAUUCAGUGUCCAAGAGCUUAGCAAAAGAGGGAUGUAUUACACUGCACGGAUAUCUUCUCUUGAGAUGACAAAGGCUGAGAUGGAACAAGUGGAGCAAGAUCCUGAUUUUGUAUCAUUGUCUCGCCAGUUCAAAGCAACCGCCGUGGAACUCAUUUCUGUUCUUGAGCAGAAGCAAAAAACUGGUGGAAGGACAAAGGUUCUUUUGGAAACAGUUCCUGUUCACAAAUUGGCAGAUAUUUUUGUUGCUAGCUUUGAGAUGAGUUUUGAAGAGCAACUAUCCAUGCUAGAUUCAGUUGAUCUGAAAGUCAGGCUUUCCAAAGCUACUGAGCUAGUUGACAGGCAUUUACAGUCAAUACGUGUAGCAGAGAAGAUUUCGCAAAAGGUUGAGGGGCAGCUAUCAAAAUCACAGAAAGAGUUUCUUCUGCGUCAGCAGAUGAGAGCUAUAAAAGAGGAGCUUGGUGACAACGAUGAUGAUGAAGAUGAUGUAGCAGUAUUAGAAAGAAAGAUGCAAGGUGCAGGAAUGCCUUCAAAUAUCUGGAAGCAUGCCCAGAGGGAGUUAAGGAGGCUUAAGAAAAUGCAACCUCAGCAACCUGGGUAUAAUAGUUCACGUGUUUACUUGGAGCUGCUUGCUGAUCUUCCUUGGCAAAAGGCAAGUGAGGAACAUGAUUUGGACCUAAAAGCUGCAAAAGAACGUCUUGACAGUGAUCAUUAUGGUCUAGUCAAGGUCAAGCAACGGAUCAUCGAAUAUCUAGCUGUUCGCAAGCUUAAACCAGAUGCCAGAGGCCCAGUCUUGUGCUUUGUUGGUCCUCCAGGUGUUGGGAAAACAUCGUUGGCAUCAUCUAUUGCUGGUGCCCUUGGCAGAAAAUUUAUUCGCAUAUCCCUUGGUGGCGUUAAGGAUGAAGCAGAUAUUAGAGGGCAUAGGAGAACAUACAUAGGAAGCAUGCCAGGGCGCCUGAUUGAUGGUUUAAAGAGAGUAGGUGUUUGCAAUCCUGUCAUGCUAUUGGACGAGAUUGACAAGACAGGUUCUGAUGUGCGGGGGGAUCCAGCUUCAGCUCUGCUGGAGGUUCUUGAUCCUGAACAGAACAAGACAUUCAAUGAUCACUAUUUGAACGUUCCCUUUGACCUUUCCAAAGUGAUUUUCGUGGCAACUGCAAAUAGGGCACAGCCUAUUCCUCCUCCACUCUUGGACAGGAUGGAAGUAAUUGAGCUCCCUGGAUAUACACCUGAAGAAAAGCUCAGAAUAGCUAUGCGGCAUUUGAUUCCACGGGUUUUGGAUCAGCAUGGGUUGAGUUCUGAGUUCCUUCAAAUUCCAGAGUCUAUGGUGAAACUAGUCAUUCAGAGGUACACUAGGGAGGCUGGUGUCCGGAAUCUGGAGAGGAACUUAGCUGCUUUGGCUCGUGCUGCAGCUGUAAGAGUUGCAGAGCAAGAACAAGAACAUGAACAAGCUCUCCCAUUGAGCAAAGAUAUGCACCGUCUUCCUUCACCAUUAUUGGAGAAUAGACUUGCUGAUGGAGCUGAAGUGGAAAUGGAAGUCAUUCCAAUGAAUGAUAGCAAUCAUGAGAUAUCUCACUCAUUCAGGGUUGCCUCACCUUUAGUUGUGGAUGAAAAUAUGCUGGAGAAAGUACUAGGGCCUCCUAAAUUUGAUGAUAGAGAAGCUGCAGAGCGUGUGGCAAAUCCUGGUAUAUCGGUUGGGCUUGUUUGGACCUCAUUUGGUGGAGAGGUUCAGUUUGUGGAGGCUACAUCAAUGGCAGGGAAGGGGGAAUUACAUCUCACUGGGCAACUUGGUGAUGUUAUUAAAGAAUCAGCACAAAUAGCACUGACAUGGGUACGAGCCAGAGCAACAGAUCUUAAGUUGGCAGCUGCUCAGGAAAUAAAUCUUCUUGAUGGCAAGGAUAUUCAUAUACAUUUCCCUGCUGGGGCUGUACCCAAGGAUGGACCCUCAGCUGGAGUGACACUAGUAACGGCUCUAGUUUCACUGUUCAGUCAGAAAAGAGUAAGAGCAGAUACAGCAAUGACUGGAGAGAUGACUUUGAGGGGUCUUGUACUUCCUGUUGGUGGUAUUAAGGAUAAGAUAUUGGCAGCACAUCGUUAUGGUAUCAAGAGAGUAAUACUACCAGAUAGAAAUUUGAAGGACUUAGUUGAAGUACCAAAAGCUGUGCUUGGCAAUCUUGAGAUCAUACUAGCCAAGCGAAUGGAAGAUGUGUUGGAGCAGGCAUUUGAAGGUGGUUGCCCAUGGAGGCAACACUCAAAGUUAUGACACUAUACACUAGGUGGGGAUGUUUAUUGAAUAUCUUAUGGUGGGGUUAUUCAGCUUGGCAUUGUAUCCAUCCGGCAGAUGGAUUGCCCUUCAUUCCUGCUGCCUCCGGCAACUGGAAAUCAAAACCGUUACAUAGAAAGAGAGCUCGAUUAGUGCAAGGGAAACUAACCAAAUAUCCGUCCUUAAAAAUGAAAAAGAAAAAUAUUCAAUGGGAGCUUUCCCUGACGCCUCGGCCACCGUGUUCUUCCCCUUCCCAUAUCUGGCUGUAUUUAUAGUGGGUGAACCACUCCUUUCCCUCUGUUUAACUUUCUUCUCCCCUCUGUUGUAUAAUCACAGAUCAAUUCUUAUAUUGUGUAUAAUUUAUUAUUUAAUCCUGCAAGCCAAUGCUUGCAAUCUGAUUUCUGUUGAAGUUACUUUAAAUUGUUUAUAGCAUUUGAUUUGGAACGAA